GGUUCUUCUGAAAUUGUUUUUAUCUGGAAUGAUAUGAAUGAGCCUUCAGUCUUCAGAGGAAUAGAACAAAGCAUGUCAAAAGACGCCAUUCAUUAUGGCAAAUGGGAACAUCGAGAUGUUCAUAAUCUCUAUGGCUUCUACCAGCAAAUGGCAACUGCAGAAGGGCUGGUGAAACGAAGUGGAGGGCUGGAAAGACCCUUUGUUCUUACCCGCUCUUUCUUUGCUGGAUCGCAGAAGUAUGGUGCAGUGUGGACUGGAGACAACACAGCAGAUUGGAGUUACUUGAAAAUCUCCAUUCCAAUGUUGCUGACAAUCAGCAUUGCGGGAAUUUCUUUCUGUGGUGCGGAUGUCGGUGGAUUUAUUGGAAAUCCACAACCAGAACUACUGGUUCGAUGGUAUCAGGCUGGGGCUUUGCAGCCUUUCUUCAGAGGCCAUGCCAAUAGGAACACCAAGCGUCGUGAACCCUGGCUAUUUGGGGAGAAGAACACAAAGAUCAUCAGGGAAGCUGUUAAGGAGCGCUAUUCCCUGCUUCCUUACCUUUAUACGCUGUUCUAUCAGGCACACAGCAUGGCUGAACCAGUUAUGAGGCCUCUCUGGGUGGAAUUUCCAAAGGAAUUAGAAACUUUUGGCAUUGAAGAUGAGUACAUGCUUGGAAGUGCUUUGUUGGUGCAUCCAGUCGCUGCUCCAAAAAUCAGUACAAUCAAUGUCUUUCUGCCAGGCACACAAGAG